UUGCGUGCGAAGGACUCGACAUAUCAUUCAGAGGAAUCCGCCACCUGAAACGCGAGGAAGUGAAGGCGACUCAAUUGGGUAUAAAGCAUCAGCCAACAUCUGCCCCGAGCAGUGUGGAGCUGAUGAAAACAUCAGCUCGGAGCUCACGCCGCACUCUCUGCGCUUUUAUUUCGUUUAUCUUGGAUUUAUCGCAGUCGGUGCACCCUGGGAGACGCAUCUCUUUUCUGCGCGUAAAGUCAAUGUGACUCAACAGCCAAACACUAUACUGGAAUUAACUGAAGCCCACGGAUAUUCUCGCGCACCUGUUACCUCCACGGAGCGCACGAUCAUGAUCCCUCCGGGAGACUGCAUGUAUGCGGGCAGAAAGAGGAGGAAGCCCAUCCAAAAACAGAAGCCGUCGGCUGCCAGUGAGAAAACCAACCCGUCCAAGCGGCACCGGGACAGGCUGAAUGCUGAACUGGACCGGCUGGCCAGCCUGCUGCCGUUCUCGCCGGAUGUGAUCUCUAAGCUGGACAAGCUGUCAGUGCUGCGCCUUGCAGUUUCCUACCUCCGCGUCAAGAGUUUCUUCCAAGGUAAAGGAGCGACUCAAGAGAAAACCUCCAGGAAGCACAACAUCAGCACAUCAUCCUCUAACCCUGAACCCAGGAAAGAGAGCCUUCCACUGGGCACCAGCGUCAAUGAAAGCAGCCUCCUGCUGGAAUCUCUGACAGGUUUUGCCCUGGUGGUGAGCAGUGAUGGGAUGGUUUUUUAUGCUUCCUCCACCAUUGUGGACUAUCUGGGAUUUCAUCAGACUGACGUGAUGCACCAGAAUGUGUUUGACUACAUCCACAUAGACGACCGUCAGGAGUUUAGACGCCAGCUGCACUGGGCCAUGUGUCCUCCACAGCAUCAGGGGACAUCAACACACCAGGAAAACCAGCUGGCUACAGGAACUGGUGAAGACUUUGUAGUGAGCAGCCUGUUCCAUUCACAGGAGGCAGGGGAAAUCUCUUCUGAGCUCUCCUGCUUUCUCAACAGAUGUUUCAUAGCCAGAGUUCGAUGCCUCUUGGACAGCACCUCUGGAUUCUUGACUAUGCAGUUCCAGGGUCGAUUGAAGUUCCUCCAUGGCCAGAAAAAGAAGUCAGCAUCUGGGGCUCUACUGCCUCCUCAGCUGGCUCUGUUCUGCAUAGGUGUGCCACUCUUACUGCCCUCCAUCACUGAGAUGAAAAUGAAAAACAUGUUAAUGCGAGGAAAGACCAAGGGUGGAGGAGGAGGGAUCAUCUCUGCCAUGGAACACAGUGAGCGUGGGGAACACCUCCGGAGGCACUCCUACAGUGGAGGAAUGGGGGACAUUGCGGACCCUCUCCUCCUCUCCUGCCCCACGCCUGGUGCCACCCAGCGAGGUCACCACACUCCCUGGACUCCGCUCUCCAAAGACAACCUCAAGUACCGCCCCGAUGGUUACUACAACCAGGAGGAGCCCCUCAACUACUGCAAGUCCUCCAUGGCUCCACAUAAGGGUCUGAGCCCGGGCCUGGGUGGUGGGUGGCCCCUGCGGCAGAACUCAGGUCCCAUCAGAGCAGGCCAGGGUGUCGGCUACAUCCCCUCUAACCGCUUGAACAAGACCGGCCAGUACGGGAAGCCAUACCGCCUUUCCCCGAACUGUCACAGCAGCAGAAAUGGUGAGGUGUUUGUCUCCAGGCUCUACGGGAAUGUCCAGAUUCCGGCAGACCCAGACGCCUACUGUGUGGAUCUGGUGAAGAGCGAGAACGGCUACGGAGAGUGCUACGAUGGCCACCUGAUGCCCGAGAUGCCACCCAUCAAGAUAGAGCACGACUCGGACUCCGAGAACGGCUGCGACGCGUACGGACGACCCUGGGCUUGCCGCGACCCGGCUGCCAUCGACCGACGCUAUGGUAACGGGGUGUACGACCCAAACACUGGCCUGCAGCUCAAAUCCGAGGCAGAUUAUUACGACCCUCAGUACUCGCCCUGUCAGCGAGGGAAAGCGGGAAUCAGCCCACCGUACAACAACGGCAACUACCAGAACUAUGCAGUCAACAACGGUGGGAACAACUCCACACGUCUCCUAAAGUGUGACAAAGACUUGGGGAAUAACAAUGACUCCAGCCAGUUUAGCCCUCAGAGACUCUCUCACUCAGACUCUCUAUGCAGCAACCAACCCGUCAACCUCAUGGACUCGCACGUGUAUUCACAGGACCCGCACAAGGCCUACAUGCACCCGGACUACAACAAGCAUGGCACUUAUGAGUUCAAAGGUCACGGUUUGAUCCAUUCGAUCAAGCGGGAGCCCAUGGACUCUCCCCCCUGGUCCGAGAGCGGCCACGACAUGAACCAGUCCAUGAUGGUUGGUCCAAGGAACGUUAUGCCCUGUGUGAUGAGCACAGGGCACCACAAGUCCAGCCCCUACAUUUAUAUGCCCUAAGAGUGACUGGUGCAUUACCCACACAGAAACACAACCACAGAUACUUACCUGCCUCCACCCCAGACUCACUCCAUACGCACAAAUGUUAGAGUACUUCGUCUUAUCGUUUUCAUACACAUGCACCAGCGUUACAAGAGUUUCUGCUUACGAGGAUUCCCAGGAUGUCAAGUACUUCUUCUUCUGUGUGAUGAAGAGGUCACAAACAAGGCUCAGGUUCUAGCGUCAGUGUUGUGACAAUCAGAAAUAAUACUUUCAAAUCCAGCUCAUGGAUUUGUUUUUAAGGAAUACGUUUUGUAGUUGGUUCCAAGCACUUUUGGAUUUAGUGACAAUGAGACAAAUUAUGUCUAGAAACACAAUUUUAUUUUUGGUUUCUAUGUUGUGCACUCCUGGUUUUUGUGGGAGAAACAAAGAUUUUGCUGUAAAAAGAUUUUUUUUUUUUUUUUACUUUGUACACAGGAGAUGACUUACACCAACUGCUGGGCUUAUUGGAGUGAGACGGCUGAUUUUGAGACUAUGUUGAUGAGUCAGUGAUAACAGCUUAAAGAACAACUGCUGGUUUUGCAUGUUUUAGUGCUUUAACUAUAAAUACCUUUGUCAUAACUGCCUCCAGUGAUGUAUGAAUGGAAUCUGCUGGUUUCUAUGCAUUAUAGAAUCGUAUUAAAUCAACUUGCAGAGACUUGAAACUUACUUGCUAUCCAUUGCAGUUAAAAAAAAAAUUUAUCAAAGUUAUAUGCUUUUCGCAAGAUGUGCUUUGAAAACACUCCUUGUUCAUGCACUCUAGGACACUUUUAAUGCAUGACAACCAAAUUCACAUUAUCCUUUUACACAACAUGCUUGUUUGCUUAGUGUUUGUGUUCUGAAUUAGAUUUUCCAAGAACGCAUCUACCAACGCAGUGCUUUUGUCAAGGCAUCCUGGAGCAUACCACUGACGACAGUUUUGAAAAUGGUCCCUGCUUGCUGGUGAAUCAAGUAGAAAACUCCACCGCAGUCACAAACAAUUCACAGUUAACGGACCAAAACAUGUAAAACUAUCAGUCAGGCAAAAGCUUAAAGUAUUUGUUUGUUACACUAGAAGCAGCAUCAUCACAGACCUGUGACGUGCUGCUCGGUGUUUGAUCAGAAGCUCUGAUCUCCUUGUGGAAGGGAUAAAAACAAAAUUGUAAUGAGGAGCGCACUAUAUAAAAGUUAUUGAAGUUCAGAAGCAAGUCACGGUUAACAUUUAACAGCACUGAAUUAAGAUGAUAGGUGAAAACAACUCAAAACAUGUUGAAAUUGCCCUUUAAAUUGCAGGACAUGCAGUGGUUUUGGUCCUAAGGAAGAUGCUCUGCACCACUCUGACUAUAUUUAUUAUCAGUUAAAGGUUUGUUCAGAUGAGAUAGACGUGUUAGUUUAAAGAAAACAUUUUAUUGAAUUUGAGUCUUCUGUCGAUGUGCACAACAAAGUCAAUAUUUUAGGUCAUAAAACUCCUGUUGAACAAACAAUGUUAAUUUAUGUUAAGCUAAUGUUGUACAGUUUAGAUUAGUGUUUAUGACAAGAUCAGCAUUUCCGCUCAGCCUCACGUCUCACUGCAGAUAUGACACAUUUCCUUUGAAAUGAAUAUACACUUUUCAUGUUGUCUUUUCAGUCCAAAAAACAUCAGACGUUGUCCUCACAUCAGUAUUUUUGCACAAAUGAACUAAAAGCACCAAAUUGAUUCAAUGUCAGUCUCAGUUCAGUGAAGCUACCGUCGUAGUUUCUAAAUUGCACUACUGGGAGUAGUUCAGUUGAAGUUCAGCCUACCCAGACAGGUUUUUUUUUUUGAGUCGACACGCACAACUGUACAUGGUGUCACUGUUUUGGAUUUGUCUUUUUCUCUCUCUGUGUGUUCAUUUCAGUAAAUGUUUGAUGAUUCGUAUUUAUUGUAAGAGGCAAAAUUGUAUAAUUUAAAAACUACAGUUUUGAAGGCUUUUCUGUUUUACUAACGUGAAUAAAUAUGGCUUUUUUUUCUUGCUAUCUUUUUGAUAAUUGUUGAAAAGACUGUCAUACAUGUCUCAUGGAGGAGGUAGCUGCAAGGUAGCGAACACAGUGUAUAUAUGCAGUGUCUUCCAAUGUUUCUACGUGUUUUUGCAAAUGGGACUUAUCUAUUAAAAUAUCUUUCUUUAUAUGGAAA